AUGCUCAUUGUCGUUUGCUUGUUAGACUUAACAGGCGCCUCAACGGACAGUUUCUACUUCACUCGGUCGCCACGGGAUCAGGACGUGGAGGAGGGUCAGCCAUUGAGAUUAGAGUGUGCGGUGCAGCCGAAUGAGGACAUACACUAUUCCUGGCUCCAAAACGGUGUUCGUAUCGUCCCUGAGAGGCAAAGCGGUCGGCGCUACCUCGAGGGGGACUCUAAUCUUCGCAUCCUCCACUCUGACCGUGAAAUCGACCCUGGACGCUACCAGUGUCAAGCGCUUAACAAGACUUCCAAGUUUUUUAGUGCUAGUCGUGAGGCGUCCAUCAACGUCUACUGGAUGGAGCCAGAGAUCGAGGUGAGGUUGAUACGACCCGGUCGUCUAGAGGAUAUUAGACUGGGCGAACUGGUGGAAUUGGCCUGCGAUGUUCAGGCGCACCCUCCCGCAAAGAUGAACAACAUAUUCUGGUUUCACAAUGGUAAUGGAAGGCUGCCCAACAUGCGGACCCUGCCCAACGGUAAUCUUCUAAUUGACGCCUUCGGCAUGCAACAUGCAGGCAGUUUCCACUGUCGUGUCAUCCAUGCUGCGGGAAAGGUGGACAGUCGACCUCCCUUUGUCAUUCAAAUGAUAGUAUCACUGCAGGCUAUGCGCUCAUUAGACGUUCUUGAGUAUUCGCUCUGUGCCUUGUCUGCUGUUUCAUGGGAACGACUCCCGUACUCCGUACGGACAACAGAAACUUCACAAAGUCUUGCCUCCAUCUUGGCUAUAGGUGAAGAUUCACCAAGAGUGAACGCAAGUGUGUCAGGCAAGGCCUUCUUAAAGUACGCAUUGGCGGAAUUGUCGAUGGAGCUGGUGUGCCCGCGUCCACCAGCGGCUCCAGAAGAUGGUCCAGUGAUAGUGGUUUGGGGCUUUAUGACACGGUUGGGCGAACAGCAGCAACCCAUCACCUCCCUACCCUCUGUGAGACUGAUGGGUGAAGCUGACUCCAUUCUUAACAUCGACCGUUUCAAGCCUGUCCAUGCCAACUUCUAUACCUGUGAGGUCAAUGCCCCUGCCACCUCCGAGCGCUACUUCUACGUCUUUCAGGUCUAUCUGGCGGAACUUUUCACCCCAAAACCCUCUAAUUUUGCACCCCGUCCACGAAAAAAUCAGCCGCUGGCAAUUCGCCUGGGUGAAAAACUAGAACUUCGAUACUACGAGGAUCUGACUCCUUCACAGUCCUACACCGCUGAGAACAUUUCCAACCCCCCUCCUCGAAUUGAAUGGUUCCGGCUGUCAUCAGGCCAUCAGGAGCCCACUAGAAUACCUCCGGCAUCCAACACUCACGCGGAGGCAAAUAUGCGAGUUUAUGUGAAGAAUGGACGGCACUUAGUGAUUAAAGAUGCCAGUGAAGGGGACAGCGAUGCCUAUGAAAUGGUCCUCUCCAGUAUCGCUGGUCGUGUCUCUGUACCCUUCCAGAUUAUGGUUUCUUUUCCUCCUGAAUUCGAGCCGGCGAAAGAGUCACAAACCUUAGACGAGGGUGAGCCUCUCAUGCUUAGUUGCCAUAUUCGACGACGCUCUAUUCCCGGUAGUCGGAUUUAUUGGGAAAAGGACGGUCGACCCCUAGUCAACUACGGAAAUGACAUUUUGGCGGAGGGUGAUGGAGAGCGUCUGCGCCUACCACAUGUGACCGUGGAUCAUCAGGGACGCUAUCAGUGUUUCGUUAUCACCGACGGAUACCCCAGGAAGUUUCCAGGUCAGAUGCAACAUAUAGAGGUUCGCGGUCAGCUGCAAUUCGUUCGCGAAAUCAGGGAGCACUUCCUCGAGGUGAAUGUUCAAGGGAAGCUAACAUGCAAGGUGCGUGGUUACGGCAAACUCAAUGUUGACUGGUUCCGCAAAACCAUCAACGGCCUUGAGCCUAUCCAGAAACCCAAUCAAGUCGAGAACGGCGUGCUCAUUUUUCAGUAUGUUCAAAAGCAGGAUGCUGGAGAUUAUGUUUGCGUGGCCAGAUCAAAUUACAGAGACGGAGAGAUCCAAAUGAACGUCAAGGUUAUCGUUGGAGAGAAACCACGGAUAUCUGACAUCAGUACAAAUCAAACCAUUCAGGAGGGAAGUCGUCUAGUACUGAAUUGUAAGGCGUCCGGGGAUCCACGGCCACAGAUAAGCUGGAUUGUCAAGAGACCGAACAUUCGGGAUCCCUUCAUAUACUCUGCACUUAUGUCGGGUCAGCCAAACACAGAGAGUAUUUUGGAGAAUGUUUUUGACCCCGGACGAGCAGGAGUCGAGGAUGCAGGAAGUUCCUUGAUCAAUCCUGGACCCCUCGAUGAUCGUAUCCAAGUUCUUCCAAAUGGAAGCCUUGUAAUAAACCAAGUUUUGUUGAAGGAUGAGGCUGAGUACAUCUGCAUUGCUGGCAAUAAACAUGCAAUUCAGACUCGUCAGGGUGUUCACGUCAGUGUCCUCACUCCUCAUGAAUAUGCCAAGCUGGAACAUGGAGAAGAGACAUUGAGCCCAGGGAUGGCGAGGACGAUCGUAAUUGUCGUAAACUGUGCGAUUGCCUAUCUAGGCUUGAUUUUUGGGCUUACAGUGUACUGCAGUGUUCGAUAUUUCAAAAAUCGGCGUCACCGCGCUCAAAAUGCCAAGGCGCCGGAGUCCGGUCAUUUAAUAGCUCAGGGUGGACCCUCCCUGACUCAGGACAACAACUGCGUGCUCCUCCUUAACGACGAAAUGAUGACAACAGGCUCACGAGCUCCCACAGGCUCACCCAACGAUACCUCCGCCACGGAUUUGGGGGUAAUGCAGAACUUUGGUAACUACCGCAAUAAUGGCAACACCAAGACCUACUCACCUGCUAACAACUAUGUAAUGGGUAAUGACGGACCACCGCCACCUUCGCGUCAGCUCUUUCCUCCCACUACCGGAAGUGGAGGUGGCGGGGGAGGAGGUGGAGCCAAUGGGACCGUGUACCCCGUUAGUGUAACCAGCACAACCACGGGAGAAUCCUGCGGUUCCCGAAUGGUCGCUGCGCCACCCCCGACCCCACUUGAUUCGCGGUCGCAUCGUAGCGGCCUUUCCUCAUCUGGCAACUCAGCCAGCGCAUACUCACGGUCGCUCAUCAGCGGCGCCUCAAACAGCACUGGUCCUCCACCUCCGUCAUUUACCAGCGGUGGGGGUGGUGGUGCCUAUGCAGUCCAUGGAAGUGGUGGUGGUGUUGGCGGAAGCAUUGUGCUCAAUGGCGGUGCUCUCGGUGGUCAAUACCACCACCCCUCUGAAAUGAUGGGUGCCUACAAUCACUGA